CCAUAAAGGUCAGAGGAGGGAAGGUCACACCCUGUCGUUGUGACAUUGCGAAAAUAGGCAACCAAUCCGAGGCGAAGCAAGCGACCUAUUCAAUUGUCAACUCAACCGGCUUAAGUGCUGUUCAAAGGCGCAGUUCUCAAAGAAAGCAGGAGUGCGGAUAGCUGAGAUUUAUGUCCGCCAAUAUAGUCACCAUGAAGGACACUUACAACCUCGUGCGCUCGCUGCACUUCUUCACGCUGCACCAGGACAAGUUGGUUCCCCCGGAGCUGGAGAACUAUCUGCAGUAUGUGGCCCUAACCGGAGACAACAUCUUCACGUGGUCCAGCCUGAAGUACCUGGUCCGCCAGAUGCUCUGCAUAGCGAUCUUCGGCUUCUACAGAGUCUUGCCGCGGGACGCAAUCCCCACCUGCCCGAAGUUUGGACCCUUUAACUUUGAGGGCACGAUGUAUGCGCUGCUCUGGCGCCUGGACCGCAUCGACGAGACUCCCUACACCUUCCAGCGGCUGUGCGAGCUGCUGACCGAGCCCCAGAAGCACUACUCGCGCAUCGACAAGUUCAUGCGCGCCGUGGAGAAGGUCAUAGUGGUGCACCGCGCCACGAAUCCGAAGCCCCAGAGCAUCGAGAUCGACGUUCUGGAUCCGGAGACCUGGAGCCACAUCGAAAAGCUGAGCCAGUCAAUCGCCGAGGAGGCCUCGGCGCCUGGCUCCAGUGCAAGGAAGAACAAGAAGAGCAAGAAGGCCAAGAAAGACAAGAAGGCCAAGAAGGAGGCCGAGGAGCCCAGCGGCAGUGGGCUCCAGGGCCAUGCUACAGGCCAAGAAGGCCAUGCUACAGGCCAAGAAGGCCAUGCUACAGGCCAAGAAGGCCAUGCUACAGGCCAAGAAGGCCAUGCUACAGGCCAAGAAGGCCAUGCUACAUAAUGUAUGCUUUUCAAAAAGGACAGAAAAUAAAUAUAUCACUUGGUAUUCAACAAGGUGUUUCAUUAUACUUUCAGGGUGGUAAAACAAUUAUUUUAGGGAACACUUAUUAUUAGAGCUAAGCUCUUAG